AUGGAUGAAGCAACAAACAUUGGUUCUUUAUCGAACAAUAAAAAAGUGAAGAAAAAACGUGAAUUUGAUUUUUCGCAGCAUCCAAAACGACGGAUUGCUCUAAUGUUUAUGUACUUUGGUUGGGAAUAUAAUGGACUGGUUGAACAGCGAGAAAUUGGUAGAACUGUUGAGGAAGAAAUGAGGAAGGCUUUGAUAAAGACAAAACUCGUCGAAAGUUGGGAAAACUGCAGUUGGAAUCGAAGUGGUCGGACUGAUAAGGGAGUAUCUGCUUUUAAACAGGUUGCUUCUCUCAUUGUAAGGUCCAAUGAACCGGAAGGCGAAGGUGUUUUCUGGCCUAAUGUCGCCCAUGCAUCUUCUGGAACUGCUAUGAAAGGAGAACUUCAGUACGUAAAAAUGUUAAAUAGUACAUUACCAACUAAUAUUCGGGUGUUAGCUUGGGCUCCAGUUCCUCGAAAUUUCAGUGCCAGAUAUAAUUGCACCCAGCGUACUUACACGUAUGCUUUUCCAAGAACCAAUUUUAAUAUUGAGGCAAUGCGGCAAGCUUGUCAAUUUCUUGUUGGCGAACACGAUUUUCGUAAUUUCUGUCGCAUCGAUAUGAACAAGAAACGAGUGGAAAUGAAUUAUAUUCGCACCAUCACCUAUGCUGAUAUAUCAUUCAUAUCGUAUGGUUUUAAUGGUCUUUGGAAUAAGAAAGGAACUAUUUAA